UCCUCCCCCUCAUGUUCAGUUGGUUUCGCUUUUCUUCUUCUUUGAUCCUGGCUGUUAUUUCAGAUGCAGGAGCCCUUGAGGAAAGUGGAAAUGGUCUCGGUAUCUCCUGAAGGCGGAGAAGCUCUCUCCGGUCUCUCUAUGGGGCAUCUGUUGGGAAGGAUCUCUGAGGAGGAUCCAGCUCCUCUUUCUGGUGAAUCAGCAACAGCUCAGGGCUUAGUGUCCUUGGAGGAGGUGGCUGUGCAUUGUACGGAGGAGGAGUGGGCGCUGCUGGAUCCCAGCCAGAGAGCCUUACGCGGGGAAGUCACGCUGGAGAAUUCCAGGCAUGUGGCCACUCUGGCUUACGGGCAGGAGCAUGAGAAAUACAAGGAGCCCAGCAUAGCACUCUUACAAAUGUUCAAGUCUAAAAAAGGGCUGCUUGGAAAUCAAGGAGCACCACAAAGGAGUAAAAAAAGCUGCAUAAGGAAUAGAAGGAAGAAUUCUUCUCUUUCUGGUCACAAUGAAGUCCAUGACCUCCCAACCCAGCAAGUUCACCAACAAGAAGAAAAGGGAAAAUAUCUUGCAUGUGGCAAAAGAGAUGAGGAGAAAUCCGAUUUGAGUAAACAUUGUACAAUGCAGACUAAAGAGGAAGAAUAUGAGUAUCAAGAGGAUGGGCAAAGUAUCAAUCCUAUCUCCUCUUUUGCUUUACAUCACCAGUUGUAUAUCAGAGAGACACCAUAUACAUUUAUAAAUUGUGGGGAAAAUUUAAGUUUGAGCAGUCAUCUUAUUUCCCAUAAAGAAGAGAAACCAUAUGAAUGUAGAGAGGGAUUUAGUAAGAAACAAAUGCUUAUUUUACCCCCAAAAAAUCCCCCAAGGGAAAAACCCUAUAAAUGUCUGCAGUGUGAAAAGACGUUCACUCAGAAAGGUAAACUUACUAUACAUGAAAGGAUACACACAGGGGAGAAAACCUAUAAAUGUCUGGAGUGUGAAAAGAUUUUCACUGAGAGACGUAAGCUUAUCAUACAUGAAAGGAUCCAUACGGGUGAGAAACCGUAUGUAUGCCUGGUGUGUGGAAGAAGAUUCAAUCAGAGUGGUCAACUUACGAGACAUCAGAGAACCCACACAGGGGAGAAGCCAUAUAUAUGCCUGCAGUGUGGAAAGAAGUUCAGUGGACGUUCAAACCUUAAGAUACAUGUAAGAAGACACACGGAGGAGAAACCAUAUAUAUGUACAGAGUGUGGAAAAAGCUUCCGUGACAACAGUGUCCUUGUUUGUCAUAAAAGGAUCCAUACAGGAGAAAAACCAUACAAAUGCAUGGAAUGUGGGAAGAACUUCAGUCAGAACAGUAGCCUUUUGCGACAUAAAAGAAUUCACACAGGGGAGAAACCAUAUCAAUGCCCGGAGUGUGGAAAGACCUUCCGUCAGAAAAGUAGCCUUUUGCAACAUAAAAGAAUGCAUACAGGGGAGAAACCAUAUAGGUGCCCAGAAUGUGGAAAGAGUUUUAAUCAGAGAAGUCAUUUUAUUUGCCAUAAAAGGAUCCACACAGGAGAAAAACCAUACAAAUGCAUGGAGUGUGGAAAAAACUUCAGCCAGAAUAGUAGCCUUUUUCAACAUAAAAGAAUUCACACAGGAGAGAAUCCAUACAGAUGCAUAGAAUGUGGAAAAAGCUUCAGUAAGAACUAUAAACUUCUGCAUCAUAAAAGAAUUCACACAGGGGAGAAACCAUAUAAAUGCAAGGAAUGUGGAAAGAGUUUCAGUUGCAGCAGUUAUUUUAUUUGCCAUAAAAGAAUUCAUACAGGAGAGAAACCAUAUAAAUGCCUAGAGUGUGGAAAGGGUUUUAAUAAAAGCAGUCGUCUUACAUCUCAUAAAAAAAAGCACACGGGAGAGAAGCCAUAUAAAUGCACAGAGUGUGGAAAGAGAUUUUCUUAUAACUUUGUCCUCAGAUAUCAUCAACGAACCCAUACUGGGGAGAAACCAUAUACAUGCCUGAUGUGUGGAAAGAAGUUCAGUGGACGUUCAAACCUUAGAAUCCAUAUAAGAAUCCACACAGGGGAGAAACCACAUAAAUGUGCGGAGUGUGGAAAGAGCUUCCGUAAGGACAGUAACUUUAUUUGCCAUAAAAGGAUCCACACAGGAGAAAAACCAUACAAAUGCCUGGAGUGUGGAAAGAGCUUUACUCAGAACGCUAACCUUAUUAAACAUAAAAGGAUUCACACAGGAGAGAAACCAUACAAAUGCACAGAGUGUGGGAAAAGCUUCAGCCAGAAAAAUCACCUUUCACAACAUGAAAGAAUCCACACAAGAAAGAAACCGAUCUGUCAUCUUACAUCCCAGAGAGGUUCCACUCAAGAGAGAAACUGUGUAAAUGUGUGGAACAUGGAAGGGGUAGUGAUGGCUGAAACUUCUUCAAGGUGGCCCUGAAAAAGAACAGCCUCCUUCUGUUAUUUGAAAAUGAAUCAUGAUUGAAGAACUGAAGUCCUUCAGUUCUGAGGUAAUUGCACCUGUGGGUCAAAGGUGAUGGGAAAAUUAGGUCUCCUUCCUGUUACCGGCCCUUCACUAUAAACCAGUUUUUUCCUUCCACACCAUCCCUCUGGGCUAAGCUUUAUCCUCUUCUAGUUCUCUCUGGAAUUUCAUUUCUUGGCCAUCUCCUCUAGUACUUCCAGGAUCCCCCUCCUCAUCCUUUCUGCUGCUCUUCUGUUCCUGGGAUUCUGCAGCCUCUUGGGAAACCGCUGGGUUGCUUGGCCGCCUUCCCCCUUGGGACCUCUUCUCUUUCUUCCUGGAGCCCAUCUGCAGGGGUGCUCAGUGCUGCCUCCUCUGGCACUUCCAGGGCCACUGGCCUUUCUGAGGCCUCCCCUUUUUCCUGGGGCUCCACAGCUUCCUGGAUGGCCUCUGGGUUUCUCUGGACCCUUUCCACCUCCCCCAUGAUACUUAUGCUGGGUGGGAGUAAAUCUGAUUCUGCCACUUUUGCCCUUCCUGGAGUCAGCCAGGUAUUUACCAGUUCUAAUAUCUGCACUAGGUUGAGUUCUUUCCCCAUCUUUUCCGCUGGCUGCUUUCUGAGGAUGGGUCUAGGCUUUUGCAUGAUAUGGGGAGCCUCCUUUCUCUGUUCCAUCUCCACUGUCUCUGGGUCUUUCUCUCUUGGACGUAGGUCUUUCCAUCUCUUCUCUGCUAGGUUCUCCCUAAGCAGCAUAGCAACUGGACAGUCAUGCAUGACAGCAAACGUCCACUCCCCCUCCCAUUCUCCCCACUGAAUGUGUAGCUUCACCUGUCAGCUUCACUGUGUGUGCCUGGGCCAGCUGAUGCCUUUUGACCAGUGAGGAGUGAACUAUAAUAAUGUUUCUGAAAUGUUCACCCAACAAGCAAAGUCAUAUUGCAAAUAGAAUUUGAAUGUGAUGCACAUAAAAGAGGGGAAGGGCUUUGAUUCUGCUGUUGUUGUCAGAUGCCCCUGAUUAAUACACUGGAGCAGAGCUUGACUUCCUCCAUUCAGUUCUCAGCAGUAGUACUGAGCAGGCUUGAUGUUUUUA